AUGGGCGGUAAGUUUUCAAGUUGGUCAUUGUUUUAUCCCCUCCAGCUGAUUCUUUUUAGUUCUCUGAAAUGGACACAGAGCCAACUCUUCUUGAAGAGUUGGAUGCUCCGUCAGCGGCAAAGCAUCAAUUCAUGGAACACUUUUGUCAGAGUGAAGCAUAUGGAAGCCAACGAAGGUUGUGAAAGGGGUGAUAGGAUCAAUCUCACCAAGUUCAUUGCUGAAAACAGGGAUGAGCUUGUUCGUGAGCACUCACAGCUGACGCCGGCAGAGAAACAAGCCCUCAACGCAGAAGUUGUUGAAGCGAGGCAACGAAAAAGUCAGGCAGCACGCACUAACCCCAAGGCUACUCGACACGAUAUGAAUGUGACAUUUAUGUCCAUGGACCAUGAAUGGAUGGCACUUUGUGCUCGAAUGGGUGCUGAAGGCUUCUACAUGGCUGUUUGUGGCAGUAUCAAAGACCUCUCUGAACCGAAGAUUUUUUUCACACAGAAGGCAGAAAAAUUUGUCCAAGAUGUUUUGAAGGUAGAACCUCAUCAUCUUGGUCUCAAGCUCGAGUCAUUCAUUGUCAGCGGCCUCAAUGAACACAUGAUAACUACUCGUCCACCUCCAUUGAACAAACUCGUCAGUGACUGCCAUACAUUGAUUCAGGAGGAACUUGAGGCAAUUGCCUUGGAGAACAACAUUAAGGGCAAGGUUGAGAUGAAUUACACUAACUAUGAAUGA